CGUGCACACUUUUAAAAUAACCGCCUGAAUCAUCAUUCCAGGCAGGCUUUCUGCCUGCACUGUGCUGGUUGUACUGUACUAUGUCUCAUUGCCCUGUUUGUGAAGAGAAUAUUUCUGUAUUAUAUUGGAUUUCUUCUGUGCUUGUGAAGCCCUGUAGUGACCCUUGUCCGAGUCGUACUAUGUAAAUAUAUUUAAAUAAUUUACUUACCUUUGUGUAUUGAAAGAACAACGAUCAAAUAAGCAAAUUGAAUAAGAAAUGUACCAAUGGGGGCGCUCUAUCUGAGCAGCUGAAGGUUAAAGCAAUACUUCUUGUUUAUGCUGCUCCCUCAGUAUUUAUUGGAUUAAGUUACCAUACACUGUUUGUUUAAGGCUAAACAAUUAGCUAUUUAACUGGGUGUUUAUUCUUUCUGAUCACCACUGACCCUGGUGGUAACAUAUUUUACAGACAGACAAACACACACACUGAUGCUAUAUAUAUUAUAGACCAUAUGCUACUAUAUUGCAGAUGUUUUAUUAAAUUAUUCUGACGAGGGUGCUUUGAUGGAUAAAAUAAUGCGAUUAUGUUGAGAUACUGGAUGCACUGCAUGAAAGGGACUAAGAGGAAUGGAUGGAGACUGAAAUUAUUACCAUAUUAUGGAAAGGUGAGCUUUGUUCUUAACAACUCUAAUGAUGACAGUAGUCUGCCGUUCUCUGUACAUUGUAUCAUACGGCCUAUGGUCACAUUAAUACACAUAUAAUAAUAAUGAAAGUGUUAUUAUAAAAACAAAAGCGGCACAUAAUGAAUUGUAUCAUUUAAUAGCGCAAAGAUAACCAUGUUUGAGUUCGCCUUGUUUUGGCUGGCACAUUAUAUGGUCAUAAAGCUGUGUAAUAGGGUCAUGGGAUGUGAACAGUGGGGUUCUUUUGGCGCGCGUGCCCGCUUUGAGCCACGUGGGCCAGGUGACCGGAGGAGGUCCGCGGGGCCGCGCGCCGCGCUCACAGCUGCAGCUCUGCAGCUCUGAGGAUAGAGAGGCCUCUGCUCGCCUCCGUUGCUUUUUCUGGUAGGUCUUCGUAUUUCUGCCGACUGGAAACAUUGCGGUGGGUCGCCGGUUCCAGCGCCUCCUGACAGUCGUCGAAGAUGAAGUUCAGCCGGAGCAGCCGCCAGGUGCCUGCCGCCCCCCGUGGAGCCCCUCUCCUCCCGUCCAGCCUCCUGUCCGUCCUCUCGUCCGCUGCACCACUUCCUCAUGCUGCGACCUCACCCGACCGAUUCUGAUAUGGACUAUGAGAGGCCCAACGUCGAGACCAUCAAAUGUGUGGUCGUCGGGGACAACGCGGUGGGGAAGACCCGUCUCAUCUGCGCCCGCGCCUGCAACGCCACCCUAACACAGUACCAGCUGCUGGCCACCCACGUGCCCACGGUCUGGGCCAUCGACCAGUACCGGGUGUGCCAGGAGGUACUGGAGCGCUCCAGGGAUGUGGUCGACGACGUCAGCGUGUCCCUUCGCCUCUGGGACACGUUUGGGGACCACCACAAGGACCGGCGCUUUGCUUACGGCAGGUCGGAUGUGGUGGUGCUCUGUUUCUCCAUCGCAAACCCCAACUCGCUGUACCACGUGAAGACCAUGUGGUACCCUGAGAUCAAGCACUUCUGCCCCCGCGCUCCGGUCAUCCUGGUGGGCUGUCAGCUGGACCUGCGCUACGCUGACCUGGAGGCUGUGAACAGGGCCCGUCGGCCCCUGGCCAGACCCAUUAAAUCCAACGAGAUCCUGGCCCCCGAGCGAGGCCGGGAGGUGGCCAAGGAGCUGGGGGUGCCGUACUACGAGACAAGCGUGGUUGCUCAGUUCGGCAUCAAGGACGUCUUUGACAACGCCAUCCGGGCUGCGCUGAUCUCACGUCGGCACCUGCAGUUCUGGAAGUCCCACCUGAGGAACGUCCAGCGGCCCCUGCUGCAGGCGCCCUUCUUGCCGCCCAAACCGCCCCCGCCCAUCAUCACCGUCCCGCCUCCGCCCAGCUCCACCGAGGAGCACCCCGCCCGCCUGCUGGAGGACCCCCACUGCGCCGACGUCAUCCUGGUCCUGCAGGAGCGCCAGAAGAUCUUCGCACACAAGAUAUACCUGGCCACGUCCUCCUCCAAGUUCUACGACCUCUUCAUCAUGGACGGGGCGCCCGAGGAGGCCGAGCGGCCCGGGCGGGGCCCUCUCUCCGGCCGGGAGCUGCUGAUGAGGGCCGCCAGCUUUGACGUGUGCGAGAGCAGCGACACGGGCGACCGCGCCAACCUGCGGGCCUGCACCAGCGACGGCACGCUGAGGGAGUCCCAGGGGGCGCGGCAGGGCCAGCUGCUCUCCUCCUGGAGCAGGGCCUUCGUCAGCAUCCAGCAGGAGCUGGUGGAGGACCCGGGCACCUACGCCCCCCGGCCCAUGACGGUGGUGCACAUGGACGGGUCCAUGCUGCUGGGGCCCUUCCGGGCGGUGCUGCGCUACCUGUACACUGGCCAGCUGGACGAGCACGAGAAGGAGCUCAUGCACAUCGCGCACAUCGCCGAGAUGCUGGAAGUGUUCGACCUGCGCAUGAUGGUGGCCAACAUCCUCAACAACGAGGCGUUCAUGAACCAGGAGAUCACCAAAGCCUUCCACGUGCGGCGCACCAACCGGGUCAAAGAGUGUUUGGCCAAGGGCACCUUCUCGGAUGUGGUGUUCAAGCUAGAUGAUGGCACAAUCUCAGCCCAUAAGCCCUUGCUCAUCUCUAGCUGUGAUUGGAUGGCAGCGAUGUUUGGAGGGCCUUUUGUGGAGAGCUGCACUAAAGAGGUGCUGUUCCCCAACACGACGCGCACCUGCAUGCGGGCGGUGCUGGAGUACCUCUACACGGGCCGCUUCUGCUCCCGGGCGGACCUCGACGCCAUGGAGCUGAUCGUUCUGGCCAACCGGCUCUGCCUCCCGCACCUUGUUGCUCUAACAGAACUGUACACGGUAACAAUGUUGAUGGAGACGGCCCUUAUGGGCGCUGACACCGACGGGGAUGUCCUGGUGUACCUGGACAUGGCGCAGUUCCACUGUGCCCAGCAGCUCACAGGCUGGUGCCUUCACCACAUCUGCACUAAUUACAACAGCGUGUGCCGCAAAUUCCCCCGAGACAUGAAAGCCAAGUCUGCAGAGAACCAGGACUACUUUGAGAAGCAGCGCUGGCCCCCGGUGUGGUACCUGAAGGAGGACGACCACUACCAACGGGCCCGCAAGGAGCGCGACAAGGAGGACUACCUGUACCAGAGGAGGCAGUGCAAACGCAAAUGGCUGUUCUGGAACCUGCCCUCCUCCCCGUCCUCACACUCUCCUCCUUCUGGGUCGUCUGCUGUCAUCUGAUGGGGUGAGGAACCAUCCACUGGCUGCUGCGGACAGACACCCAGGCAUCCCAUUAAAAAAGCUCAUUCUUAAUGCUCCUUACAGUGGAAUAUGAUUUGUGGGAGGAGCAUUGGACAGAGCAGGGUAUGGACUGAAUCCAAGCCUCGUUGACAGUAAAUUGAAGGCUGGUGCAAUAGGCUUCUGCUCUUCGAGCGGUGAGCAUUUCAUUGAAUGUUUGACUAGGUAAGGUCUCAAGGAAUGGACGUCUGCUGGCACAGAACUGUCAUCCAUUGAUCGCUCAUAAGUUACUGAUAACUGAUAACUGAUAACCGAUAACCAAGUGCUGCUUACGAGAGCUGCAACAACCAGCAAUUUUACACAAAAUCCCAAAUCUCAGAUCCAAAAUUUAUAAAAAACUACCAAACUCAGUCUACAGCAGGAUCCCCUCAGCAAGAAGCUCCAAGUCUCCAGUCAAUACAGGCCCUCAUGAAUCACAGAGCACUGAUUAGAUGGUUUGAUUGACCGGAAGACCCUCGGAGGACAACAGUUCACACAGACCCAGAGGGAGAAUACAGAGCGACACCGUGUGUGUGUGUGUGUGUGUGUGUGUGUGUGUGUGUGUGUGUGUGUGUGUGUGUGUGUGUGUGUGUGUGUGUGUGUGUGUGUGUGUGUGUGUGUGUGUGUGUGUGUGUGUGUGUGUGUGUGUGUCAACAGAUUUGAAUGUUUGUGUACAGCUUGAAGUGAUUCUGGAUACACUCAAGUACCCAUCUCCAUUAUUGUGCGGCCUUGUGUGUUGCAUCUUCUUACACUAAAAGGGCUUUCGUUUACAUGAAUGCAGGUUGUGUGUCUUCUGAAAGACGCAAGAGAUUCCUGGAGAGAAAUAAGUAUCUUCUUGAAAUUUCCAGUAAACAAACGUGGGUUAUUUAAGUUUAGUGUGUUUGAUUGUUCAUUGCUAUUGCUUCACUUAGUUGAUGCUUGACAGAUGUAAUUAUACUCUCUAGAGACUUGUCAUGCUAACACACCUUACAUGCCAUUCAUUGGGGUUCAGAUUGAAUGCAUAACUGUGAUACAAAUCACACUUUAUAAGAGCGUAUUGGAUGCUUAUGAUUACGCUGCGCUGUAAACCUCCAGUAACAUGAGCUCCUCUUAUCUUCUAUCUCCGAUCAGCUUUUUAGACUCUACUGGUCUACAGGAGGCCCAGCGGGAGGCUGAAGCUGCCUGUUUUACAGCAUGUGUUUGUGACAGGGUACACAGAUGCCUGGGUCAAGCCAUCAGCCUUCUGCUAAGCUCUUGUUUGUUCUUGAAAUCCUCUAAGAUCCUAAAGCAACCCCUUGUAGCAGCACGUUGGUGGCCGCGAUCCUGCUGCUGACAAACGCGGAGGCUUCAGAAGUUUGGUUGAGUUUGUGUUUUUGUGUAUUUGUAUUUUAACGCUGCUGGUCUCUUCCUGCUGUGUGUGGAUUGGAUUGUUUAGACUUGUUGUCAAGUAUUGCUCAGAUAACAUGCAAGAAACUUGCAUUAAUGUAUGUGCACUAGUUAUGUCAAUAUUGUUUACUGCAGAUGGUGAUAGAAGGAACUACAAUAUUACUUAAUGGGGAAAACUUACAACGUACUAAGUUUGGUGUUGUGCUACUUGCACAAUAGCUAACUGGCAGUUACAUAUAGUAACCAAAUAUUUAAAAAAGUUUAAAAGUCAGACUAAGAAUCGCAACUAUUGUACCAAAUUCUGGUGCUAGCAUAUGUUGGUCUCACUCAUAGAGGAUAAAAGUUUCUACAAAAAAAAUUACUUGGAUUACAGGCUUCUCUUUGAGCAGCCCAUUGUGAAAGGCUUGCCUUAGGCAUGCAAAGAAAAGGUCUGACCUUUUUAAACGCAUGAAUGAGGCUUGACAAAACAGCAACAAGAAAAAUCACUGGUAAUUAACACAAAUGGUGGUGCUUUUGCUCUCAAUCACAAUAUUUACCUUGUUCAUAGCAGCGUUACUGCACCCUGUGUUGUUUAGGGUUUUUUAACAGGGUUACUAGAAUGUGAAGUCUCCUCUGACCCUCCUGCUCACCUCUCCUACUAAGCUCCAAUGAUUUUUAUCUCCAGUUUGAAAUGCGGGAUAUUUCUACCACAUGUAUAUUUUUAUCAAAACGGCACGUUUUAAGUAGUGGCUUCUAUUUGAUAGGUUCUGCAACCAUAAUUAGCUGGGCAGCGUUAUUUAAAUUGAUCACAUAGAUUUUAAGAUUUAAUUUCCUAUUAAUUUUUCUUCUUCUGUGAAUGUUUGGUGUUUAGACACCUCAUGCCUUAAUGUAAAGUGUGUGUUGGAUGUAAAUACUGAUGCUGUCUGGAGGCCUGUUCGUGUGCUAAACAUGUAAGUGACACUUGUACUGGAAGUCAUGGGUAUGUGUAGAUGUACAUAAUCUGAAUCUGACAUGGUUGUACAUUUGUGAGGGGCUGUUUGUUUGAAUGAUCCUGUUUUUAUUCUUAAUAUUUGAAAUUCGUUCAGAUAUAAAUGUUUAAUUUAAUCAAAAGCAAAAAUAAUACAAAUAAAGUAAGUAUGUUAAAUAAAAGAUGAUUAGGAAAUAAUAUCAUUAUAAAUAGUUUUAUUAGAUUUGCAAAUCGAUAAUGGCGUAGAGAACAAUGCUUGCUGAUGCAGUUACAAAUAUAUACCCACUUUAUACUAUGCAUAGAAAUAAAGUUAUUUUUAGACUGAUUUACACAGCAUUAGAGAAUUUAAAAGUCGCCAUUGAAUUACAAACGAUUAUUUGAGGAACACAGCUCAUUAGCUUAGUAGAGAAUAUCAGGUAAAACUAUUAGAUCGGAAUAUAAUAGUCCUCCAUGUAUGUGGGUGCUAACAUCAACGCUGCAGAAAAGCACAAACCAAAGGUAGCUUCGGCAGCACCAGGCUAAGAUGCUGCACAAUCACAACCGCAUAGUUAAGAGGCCUUGUACUGAACUUCUCUUUUUACACUUGAACAUCUGCUCAGUGUUGGAAGCCUGUAUGACGUUUCCCGUGUCGUCAGGUUCUUUGUUCUGAAAAAGUUGUAUCGCUUAUGAACUUUGUUGUAGGCUACAUCUGGAAUUGCGUAGCAUGUGUUCUUGAAAAGUAUGUAAAUAAUAUUUACUAAAUAAAAAAAGUAGCAAACGUUGAAA